AUGGGGGUGCGUCAGGGCCACGGGGUACUUAAGGUCAACGGGGUGCGUCAGGGCCACAAGAUGCGUCAGGGCCACGGAAUACCUCAGAGCCACUUGGUACCUCAGGGCCACAGGGUGCGUCAGGGCCACGGGGUGUGUCAGGGCCACGGGGUGCGUCAGGGCCACAAGGUACCUCAGGGCCACGGGGUACCUCAGGGCCACCGGGUGCGUCAGGGCCACGGGGUGCGUCAGGGCCACAAGGUACCUCAGGGCCACGGGGUACCUCAGGGCCACGGGGUGCGUCAGGGCCACGGGGUGCGUCAGGGCCACAAGGUACCUCAGCGCCACGGGGUACCUCAGGGCCACAGGGUACCUCAGGGCCACGGGGUGCGUCAGGGCCACAGGGUGCGUCAGGGCCACGGGGUGCGUCAGGGCCACGGGGUGCGUCAGGGCCACGGGGUGCGUCAGGGCCACGGGGUGCGUCAGGGCCACGGGGUGCGUCAGGGCCACGGGGUGCGUCAGGGCCACGGAAUACCUCAGGGCCACUUGCUACCUGAGGGCCACGGGGUACCUCAGGGCCACGGGGUGCGUCAGGGCCACGGGGUACCUCAGGGGCACGGGGUGCGCCAGGGCCACGGGGUACCUCAGGGCCACGGUGUACCUCAGGGCCACGGGGUACCUCAGGGCCACAGGGUGCGUCAGGGCCACGGGGUACCUCAGGGCCACGGGGUAUCUCAGAGCCACGGUGUGCGUCAGGGCCACGGGGUGCGUCAGGGUGCGUCAGGGCCACAGUGGGUGCGUCAGGGCCACGGGGUGCGUCAGGGCUACGUUGUGCGUCAGGGCCACGAGGUGCGUCAGGGCCACGAGGUGCGUCAGGGCCACGGGGUGCGUCAGGGCCACGAGGUGCGUCAGGGCCACGGGGUGCGUCAGGGCCACGGGGUGCGUCAGGGCCACGGGGUGCGUCAGGGCACAGGGUGCGUCAGGGCCACGGGGUGCGUCAGGGCCACGUGGUGCGUCAGGGCCACGGGGUGCGUCAGGGCUACGGGGUGCGUCAGGGCCACGAGGUGCGUCAGGGCCACGGGGUGCGUCAGGGCCACGGGGUACCUCAGGGCCACGGGGUGCGUCAGGGUCACGGGGUGCGUCAGGGCCACGGGGUGCGUCAAGGCCACGGGGUGUGUCAGGGCCACGGGGUACCUCAGGGCCACGAGGGCCACGGGGUGCGUCAGGGCCACGAGGUGCGUCAGGGCCACGAGGUGCGUGCCACAGGGUCAGGGCCACGGGGUACCUCAGGGCCACGGGGUACCUCACUGCCACGGAGUGCGUCAGGGCCACGGGGUGCGUCAGGGCCACGGGGUGCGUCAGGGCCACGGGGUGCGUCAGGGCCACGGGGUGCGUCAGGGCCACGGGGUGCGUCAGGGCCACGGGGUGCGUCAGGGCCACGGGGUGCGUCAGGGCCACAAGGUGCGUCAGGGCCACGAGGUGCGUCAGGGCCACGAGGUGCGUCAGGGCCACGAGGUGCGUCAGGGCCACGGGGUGCGUCAGGGCCACGGGGUGCGUCAGGGCCACGAGGUGCGUCAGGGCCACGAGGUGCGUCAGGGCCACGGGGUGCGUCAGGGCCACGGAGUGAGUCAGGGCCACGGGGUACCUCAGGGCCACGGGGUACCUCAGGGCCACGGGGUGCGUCAGGGCCACGCGGUACCUCAGGGCCACGGAAUACCUAAGGGCCACGGAAUACCUAAGGGCCACUUAGUACCUCAGGGCCACGGGGUACCUCGGGGCCACGGGGUGAGUCAGGGCCACAGGGUACCUCAGGGCCACAGGGUACCUCAGGGCCACGGGGUACCUCAGGGCCACGGGGUGCGUCAGGGCCACGGGGUGCGUCAGGGCCACGGGGUGCGUCAGGGCUACGGGGUGCGUCAGGGCCACGGGGUGCGUCAGGGCCACGGGGUGCGUCAGGGCCAUGGGGUACCUCAGGGCCAUGUACCUCAGCCACGGGGUACCUCAGGGCCACAAGGGGUACCUCAGGGGGUACCACCAUGGGGUGCGUCAGGGCCACGGGUGCGUCAGGGCCAUGGGGUACCUCACUGCCACGGGGUGCGUCAGGGCCACGGGGUGCGUCAGGGCAAUGGGGUACCUCAGGGCCAUGGGGUACCUCACUGCCACGGGGUACCUCAGGGCCACUUGGUACCUCAGGGCCACGGGGUACCUCAGGGCCACGGGGUACCUCAGGGCCACGGGGUGCGUCAGGGCCACGGGGUACCUCAGGGCCACGGGGUACCUCAGGGCCACGGGGUGCGUCAGGGCCACGGGGUACCUCAGGGCCACGGGGUGCGUCAGGGCCACCGGGUGCGUCAGCGCCACGGGGUACCUCAGGGCCACGGGGUGCGUCAGGGCCAUGGGGUACCUCACUGCCACGGGGUACCUCAGGGCCACAAGGUACCUCAGCGCCACGGGGUACCUCACUGCCACGGGGUACCUCAGGGCCACAAGGUACCUCAGCGCCACGGGGUACCUCAGGGCCAUGGGGUACCUCAGGGCCACGGGGUGCGACAGGGCCACCGGGUGCGUCAGGGCCAUGGGGUACCUCACUGCCACGGGGUACCUCAGGGCCACAGGGUACCUCAGGGCUACAGGGUGCGUCAGGGCCACUUGGUACCUGAGGGCCACGGGGUGCGUCAGGGCCACGGGGUACCUCAGGGCCACGGGGUGCGUCAGGGCCACCGGGUGCGUCAGGGCCAUGGGGUGCGUCAGGGCCACGGGAUACCUCAGGGCCACGGGGUACCUCAGGGCUACAGGGUGCGUAAGGGCCACGGGGUGCGUCAGGGCCAUUUGGUACCUGAGGGCCACGGGGUACCUCAGGGCCACGGGGUGCGUCAGGGCCAUUAG